AUGGGGCAGGCGUGUGGCCACUCCAUCCUCUGCAGGAGCCAGCAGUACCCGGCAGCGCGACCGGCUGAGCAGCGGGGUCAGCAGGUCUUCCUCAAGCCGGACGAGCCACCGCCGCAGCCAUGCGCCGACAGCCUGCAGGAUGCUCUGCUGAGCCUAGGCUCCGUCAUCGACAUUGCGGGCCUGCAUCGGGCCAUCAAGGAGGCCCUCUCAGCCGUGCUGCCCAGAGUGGAGACUGUGUACACCUACCUGCUGGACAGGGAGUCCCGGCUGGUGUGUGAGGACCCUCCGCACGAGCUGCUCCAGGAGGGGAAAGUUCGAGAAGCUGUGAUCUCCCGGAAACGGCUGGGAUGCAAUGGAUUGGGCCCCUCCGACUUGCCAGGGAAGCCCUUGGCCAGAUUGGUGGCUCCACUGGCCCCCGACACCCAAGUGCUGGUAAUACCGCUGGUGGACAAGGAGGCCCGAGCUGUGGUUGCUGUCAUCUUGGUGCACUGUGGCCAGCUAAGUGACAGUGAGGAAUGGAGCCUGCAGGCUGUGGAGAAGCAUACCCUGGUGGCCCUGAGGAGGGUGCAGGCCCUGCAGCAGCACGGGCCACCCGCGGGCCCCGGUGCAGUCCAGAACUCCCCAGCGCCGACAGCGGGCGACCAGAAGGGCGGAGUUGAGUACUCGGGCCAGGAUCGCAAGGUUCUACAACUCUGUGGGGAACUCUACGAGCUAGAUGCCUCUUCCCUGCAGCUUAAAGUUCUCCAAUACCUGCAGCAGGAGACCCAGGCAUCGCGGUGCUGUCUCCUGCUGGUGUCCGAGGACAAUCUCCAGCUUUCCUGUAAGGUCAUUGGAGAUAAAGUGCUGGAGGAAGAGAUCAGCUUUCCACUGACAACAGGACGCCUGGGCCAGGUGGUGGAAGACAAGAAGUCCAUCCAGCUGAAGGACCUCACCUCUGAGGAUGUGCAACAGCUGCAAAAUGUGCUGGGCUGUGAACUGCAGGCCAUGCUCUGUGUCCCUGUCAUCAGCCGGGCCACUGACCAGGUGGUGGCUUUGUCUUGCGCCUUCAACAAGCUUGGAGGAGACUUGUUCACGGAGCAGGAUGAGCAUGUGAUACAGCACUGUUUCCGCUACACAAGCACAGUGCUCACCAGCACCUUGGCCUUUCAGAAGGAGCAGAAACUCAAGUGUGAAUGUCAGGCUCUUCUUCAAGUGGCAAAGAACCUCUUCACUCACCUAGAUGAUGUCUCUGUCCUGCUCCAGGAGAUCAUUACUGAAGCCAGGAACCUUAGCAACUCGGAGAUUUGCUCGGUGUUCCUGCUGGAUCAGAACGAGUUGGUGGCCAAGGUGUUCGACGGGGGUGUGGUGGAUGAUGAGAGCUAUGAGAUCCGCAUCCCGGCGGAUCAGGGCAUCGCGGGUCAUGUGGCGACCACUGGCCAGAUCCUGAACAUCCCGGACGCAUACGCACACCCGCUUUUCUACCGCGGCGUGGACGACAGUACUGGCUUCCGCACGCGCAACAUUCUGUGUUUUCCCAUCAAGAACGAGAACCAGGAGGUCAUCGGUGUGGCCGAGUUGGUGAACAAGAUCAAUGGACCGUGGUUCAGCAAGUUCGAUGAGGACCUGGCAACAGCCUUCUCCAUCUAUUGCGGCAUCAGUAUCGCCCAUUCCCUCCUGUACAAAAAAGUCAAUGAGGCCCAGUAUCGUAGCCACCUGGCCAACGAAAUGAUGAUGUACCACAUGAAGGUCUCAGACGAUGAGUACACCAAACUUCUCUACAAUGGGAUCCAGCCUGUGGCUGCCAUUGACUCCAACUUUGCAAGUUUCACCUACACCCCUCGCUCUCUGCCCGAGGAUGACACAUCCAUGGCUAUCCUGAGCAUGCUGCAAGACAUGAAUUUCAUCAACAGCUACAAAAUCGACUGCCCCACCCUGGCCCGGUUCUGUUUGAUGGUGAAGAAGGGCUACCGGGACCCCCCCUACCAUAACUGGAUGCACGCCUUUUCUGUCUCCCAUUUCUGCUACCUACUCUACAAGAAUCUGGAGCUUGCAAACUACCUCGAGGACAUCGAGAUCUUCGCCUUGUUUGUUUCCUGCAUGUGUCACGACCUGGACCACAGAGGCACCAACAACUCCUUCCAGGUGGCCUCGAAAUCUGUGCUGGCUGCGCUCUACAGUUCCGAGGGCUCUGUCAUGGAGAGACACCACUUUGCUCAGGCCAUUGCCAUCCUGAACACCCACGGCUGCAACAUCUUCGAUCACUUCUCCCGGAAGGACUAUCAGCGCAUGCUGGACCUGAUGCGGGAUAUCAUCUUGGCAACGGACUUGGCACACCACCUUCGCAUCUUCAAGGACCUCCAGAAGAUGGCUGAAGUGGGCUAUGACCGAACCAACAAACAGCACCACAGCCUCCUCCUCUGCCUCCUUAUGACCUCAUGUGACCUCUCUGACCAGACCAAGGGCUGGAAGACCACCCGUAAGAUUGCUGAGCUGAUCUACAAAGAGUUCUUCUCCCAGGGAGACUUGGAGAAGGCCAUGGGCAACAGGCCAAUGGAGAUGAUGGACCGGGAGAAGGCCUACAUUCCUGAGUUGCAGAUCAGCUUCAUGGAGCACAUUGCGAUGCCCAUCUACAAGUUGCUGCAGGACCUGUUCCCCAAGGCAGCAGAGCUAUAUGAGCGCGUGGCCUCUAACCGUGAACACUGGACUAAGGUGUCCCACAAGUUCACCAUCCGCGGCCUCCCAAGCAACAACUCACUGGACUUCUUGGACGAGGAGUACGAGGUGUCUGAGCUAGACGGCACCAGGGCCCCCAUUAAUGGCUGCUGCAGCCUUGAUGCUGAGUGA